AAAAAAAAAAAAAAGAAAAGAAAAUGACCCCUCUUUCCUGUGUACUAAUCUCUUGUUUGGGAAUGCUCUGGUAUUUAAAGUCCUGGUUUCUCUGGUGUACAAACUUAAAGAGUAUCUGUGUCAAUGCACGUAAGUGUUUACUCCCAACUGAGGUGCUGUGCCCCYGUCCCUGUUCCCCUUGUCUGGAGCCAGCACAAACGUUGUAAAGGCAGCCAUACCCUCCUGUGAGCCUGAGGGGACAGCGCUGGUCCAGAGAGCUGGGGCUGGGGGUUUCUCUGUGCACUGACCUGCUCAGGAGUCCUGAUGAUUGCCUGGUAUCCUUUCCAGGUUUUUAUGGGUUUUUUCUUUCGUUGGUUGGUUUUGUUCUUCCUGUCAAGAAAACUCCAGGAUAUUUGCACUGAGCAGCAAGAGACUGAGUGUCUCGAGGUUGGUUAGAAGAAAACUGCUCUCAGUUAUGUCUGUCUGGCAGAGWGGUUGAGUUGCUGACUUGCCCGCAAGGAGGUGAUGGGAGUGAGCACCUUCCCUGCCAUGGUUUCCUCCCRCAGCAGGCUGGAGCCAUUGGUAGAGGAACCCCAAGGCCCUGCAGUAGCUGSGUGAGGGUGUUUCAUGGUUUAGCUCUGUUCAUCAGCUGCAGUGUGUCUUCAGUGUUGCUCUGAAAAGCACUGUGGUGUCCAGAGUGCUUGGCCCAGACUGCUUUAGAGGAGGGAGAAACCCUAGGGCUGAAAUCCAACCCCAACUGCAGACCUGUCCCCUACCCCCGAGUUUUGYAGUCCCACGAGCACUUUGCAGGCUCCGAGCCUCUGCUGGGGGAAGGGGCAGUUUCUGUAGGGCUGUACCUGGGGUCUGCAGGCAGCCUGUGUGGGCAGGUGCAGGACUGUCACUGCAUGGGGCUCAGCACAGCCCAGCAGGCUUGGCUCUUGCUCCCCCGCCCUUCUCCCCCUCCUUAUUCCUAGGCUCUUCCUGUCCUAGUGCUGGGAAGGCUGGUGGGUCUGCUGGGCAGAGAUAAAAGCACUCUUUGGGCAGCAGCUCCUGUCCUGUUCUUGCUUCCUGCAGUAUUUUUAACUUGAGUCCAGCCAUCCCUGGAGUGUGAUGUGCCUGACAGGGCAGGGCUCGCCAGCAACACUGCCAUGCUUGCAGGAGUCAGGGCUGUUGGAGGGAGAGACACUUGGCUCUUCCCUCUGACUCCAGGGAGUGCUGCCAUGGGCUGGGCCCUUCUGCUCCUUGGCUGAUUCCUCUGUCCCUUUUCCCCUUUUGUAUCUGCUCCUCCAUCUCUGGCUGUCCCCAGUAGAUCUCCCUGGGUAGAAGCACAGUGUUGGCCACGAACAGCCAGGCCCUAGGUUCUGUUCUUUGUCUGAUUCCUCUGUGGGGCUUUCGAGUCCUGGUCAGGGUUUGUCCAGCUGGUGAGUAGGUUGGCUGGUUCCAGUUAUUCACUGCAGAGCCUCUGCUUAGCCAGAGCAUGGGCUGUAGGGGCACAGGAGAGACCCUGGCACCGUGUGGAAGGACAAAGUGAGGAUGGAAGCUUUCUGACACAACUCUGCAAGCUGGGCGAGAGCAGUGUCCAACAAUGUUUAGUUUUUUCUUUUUCAUGCUCCCCCUUUUUUCGGCUCAUAAGUGGCAGUGCCUUCCUUGGAGAGCAGAAGGAUUCAGCUUGGCUUCAAUGACAAGCAGGACCAAGGUACCUGAGAGGAWGUAUAGCCUUUCUUUGCAUGAUGUACAUACUUGAGCAGUGGAGUAGCCUGAAACAGGAGCUUCCUUCAUGUUUUUCAGAAAGAUGGACAGCUGAUUUCUCAACUUUGUCUGUGCUAGCAUAACAGGAAACAUCUUGAAGUACCUGCUCCCUCUUCUCUUACACUAAUCUUGAUGGUGAGGAGGAUAUUCUGUUGCAAACGAGUCCUGUCCACCUGGAGAUCUUCCUCCUUCAAACAGAUUCGUUCCUAGAAAAUGAAGGAGACCUUUUCCCUUUAGCAUGGACRUAGAGCAGCUGACAGCUUUGAUGCUGGGCUGUGCACAGAGGUGCUGUGUGCUGGUGAGAGCAGGGUUGCUGAGGGUGGAUCUGCCUGUCCCUCCACUUGGGGAAAUCUCCAUCAGCUCAGUGCACGUGGCUCCUACAUCAGGUCAAGAGUCACAAGCCUGUCUCUGUAGAAAGCUGGCAAAGAUGGUUCAGGUUGCAUUUAGGAAAAAACAGGAGUGAGGCACCAGAGAUGGCUUCUAAAGAGAGGUUAGUUGUACCACUGAAACCAUGGCUCUGUGUAGGAGGUUCCCUGCCCAGAGUGCCAGAGUUUGGGGACKGCUUGGAAAGGGAUUAGAGACUGAUUUUGGGGGACACCAGGGGUUCAGAUGCUGGCCUGGAAGGUGGCAUCUUUAUUUAAGGAGUGUGUUGUACUGUGACAUCAAUUCUCAGAGUAAAUGGAGGAGAGACUCCUGAGCACACGGAGCUUGGCCAUGUGGCUCUGGCAGUGAGAAGUGUGAAUAGGAAAGUAAUUUAAACCUCCCCUCAUGCAACCUUCUGCAGCCUCACAUGCCAUCCCUGCACCCCCUGGCACAUUCCCAUGCCUCUGCCAAGCUUUGCCCUGCUGAGUGAGUGGCUGCAGGGAUGGUGUCCCACCCACAGCUGUCCCAGGCUGCAGCUGGGGCUGUCGGUACAUCUUGGCCCCUGUGCCUGACAGGAUGGAUCCAUGGCAUGAACUCCCUGUGUGCCUCUGUGCUGGUCCUGCCUGUGCAGUCCUUGCUGCCUCCUUGCAUGCCUCCCCUCUGAGGAGGGGAUCCCACUCCUCGUGCUCUGCGAUGGCAUUCCCUGCUCUUCCUCACAAACUCCGCUGUGCUUUAAUGCUGGCUUGCUCCUGCCAUGCAUCUUCCUCACCCCCUGCUCCAUUCCUAGGCUCUUUGUUUCCUGUCCAUCUGUUGGGUUAUUAUAAUUAUAUUUUUUUGUAAAUUUCUGUUCGAACAUUUUGUCAUUGUGAACAAAGAAAACGAAACCUUUUAAAACAUAUCCAUUUUAUUAAAUGAUUAUUGUUAUUAUUAUUAAUGUUUACUACCUGAAUUGAUCAGUGAAAUAAAUACAUUCAAAAAACCAACCUCUUUCUGUUUAAUUUUCAGCCUCCUUGAGCAGCAUUGGUGAUACAUURUAGGCAGGAGAGAGCAAAACUACCCUUUUUCUCCUUUUAUCUAAUUCUUUCAGAGCAGGCUCCAGGCAGGGCUUCCUGCAUGGAAUUUCUGGUCUGUUUAUUCCAGRAGCUAGCAAGAUCAUCUUGAAGGUUCUUCUAUCUUCAGGCUUCCCCUGGGGGUGGUGUCUAAAUCAGCAAUGGGCAGCUGGGCAAGAUCCAGUCCCAGGAAAUGCAGUUUGUGARUAGCCAGAGCAGCACUGCCAAGUCUGUGCCACAUGCAGAGCCACAACGGGUCUGGCUCUAGAUCAGCUCCACACCACACCUGCCCUGAACACCUGCCUGUGAAUAAACAUAGCACCAAAUGCAUAAGAUGAGGUAAGUUUGCUGAACAAACUUACCCUGUGGUAGUCGAGCUGCUUCCAAGUGGAUAGCAGGCCCUGCAGGAAAGACUGGGUUAGUUUGUUAGCCUAAGAUUUCUUUUCCACUCUGCCUGGACAUCACAAUGAAACAAAUGGAAUUAUCUGCUCCAAUUUUGUAGAAAUUUAAAGUUCAAUUAUUUUCUUUAAAGCAUCAAAAAUUUCCCUUAGUGAGGCACACAUUCUGCCAUUGAUGGCACCCUCAAUUCUCUUAACAUGAGCACAUUCAGGGCAUUCAUCCUUUUUGUUCUCUAGGAUAUCCACAGUACAAGGUAACAGAGUUGAGUUUAUUGGGGCAACAGUUUCAUUACUUAAUUCUGAUGGCCUUAGGCUAAGGAGUAUAGUGUAUGCCUGGUCAGGCUGAUGGCAGARAAAUGUCUGUGAAGAUGAAAUGGCCAUGAGAAGACAUGAUUCUACCUAAAUGUAGUUUUGACCCUUGGACUUACCCGUUCAAGUAUUUGUGUAAUGCUGCUUCUGAAUAAAGCAUGUGGUCAGYCUUUCUCAGUAAUACACACUGCACUUGUCAAGAGCUGCAGGCUCACUUGGCUGCCCAAAGAGCAGUUCCUCAGAGCACCUUCUUUCCCAGUCUGUUGGCCUUCCCGUGAAUCCAGCUAGUUUAUUUUGAUGUAGACAGUGAAAUGCCAAGAGUUUUAUUUUUAUUCCUAUAAUGAUCAUGAGAGUUUGCAAGUGUCUGAAGAAUCUUUCUCUGGAAGUCCGUUUCCAUCAGCAGGGCUUUUACUAAUAAGUAGGAGUAGAUUGGUGUCACUGCUUCAAGGGAAACCUGAGGGUCAGCACCCAGAAGCUGCCAGGUGUCACCACUCUGCCGAGUUUUCCCCACGAGAUGGGAAACCAAAGGCCACCGUGCUCAGGUAGUAUGGUUCAAAUUAGUAACAUCACCUUCAGUCUGAAGUGCAUUUUCAGUACUAUGUAAUCGAGACUUUAUGAUGUUUCUGUUGGGCUCAAGAAUCACAGGUGUCAGUACUGGCAGCAUCUCUCCCAGCAAACGCGUUCUUGUGAGCAGUGUCAGCUCCCGUUUCUUGGAAGGCUGGCUCAGUGAAGCCUCAGCUUCCGGUGACAUGCAGCAGGCUUGCAGGAAGGGUUCAUGUGGGAGGUGUCCCUGGGAUGAGCCUGACCCUUAUCUUGGCAGCCAGCUGCAGGGAUAUUAUCCGGGAACACAGCUAUGCACACGCUGCUGCACUGGCUGGACUGCCUUGAGACCUUCCUCUUGUGCUGUAAAGACAGCAAGAAAGCAAGGAUUGAACUACUCUGAGCUCUCGUGUCUCCUGUGAAGGACAUCAAAUUCACYCAACUGCAGAAACUCAUCCUCAGAAUAAAACAACAGAAGACCUGGGCUGUAGUGUCAGUCCUAGAGCACGUGGUGCCUGCUUGUCUGGUCUCCACCUUGAACUGUCUCACCAGGGAAGUGUUUGCARGUGAAAAUGAGCAGUGGAAUUCUCUUGUCCCUCCUGGGCUUCCUCCCACUCGUGGCACCCACAUGCCCUGUGCCAUGCAAGUGCACCGCCACCAUUACUGACUGCUCCUCCAAAGACCUGACUGUGGAAAACCUGCCCGUUGCUUUCCGUCCUUCAGCUGAAAUGAUCCACCUCAGUCACAACAAGCUCACCUCUAUUCCCAACGGGCUCUUCGACAACCUGAGGAGYCUCCAGGUAGUCUACCUGCAGGGCAACCCUUGGGAUUGCUCCUGUGACAUCCUCUACUUGCGCUCGUGGCUCCAGUGGCAGCAGAACCGGAGCCAGUACCGGGAUGUGAGAUGCAGCUCCCCGGCGCAUCUGCAGGGCCGGAUCAUCGCCUACCUGACCGAAGAUGAGAUUGUUUCCACGUGCCAGCACUGGUACUGCAGCCUGGCUCUCAUCUCUCAGAUCUCUCUCUUCAUCCUCCUUUUCCUCCAGGGUGUCUUGGUUAUCUUCAUCAUUGUCUACCUGCAGAAAUUUCGGAGAAUGACUGCUGAAGCCCGGAGCACCACCCGAGAACUCCAGCAGCAGGUAGACCCUUGGGCAUCAUCUUCAAUAAACCCCUAUGACAAUGAUUAACAAACWUCACAAGACAGAAGAUCCUCCUCCCUUUGGGGUCCGUAGUAUGUCAUAUCCAGAGGGGACAAUGCAGCACAGCAUCUGAUCCUGACUGCAGUAUGAAGCAGGACUUGAACUGAUCAGACACUUGCUGUGUUCCUAAAGAAUCAAUCUUGUGGGUUUUUUUUUACAAUGCUUUAAAUUCUUUAGCAUUAUUUUGACUGCUUUGCUGAGCUGGAACUGGUUCUGGUUUGGCAGACUAAGGAAAUCGUAAACUACAGCGACCAGAACUGACUUAAACAGCUCACAAGCUCAUAGGGGCUCCAGUGCUCCAUCCCUCCUCUCCKACAGUAUUCCAGCCACACUUCCCAGGAUAAUUCCGGUUGUGCUGGGUCAGGUGAGGACAGAGGUGGGCAGUGAACAMUUCAAGUACUGAGCUAGGACAAUGGAGAAAUACAGUUUCCUUCUGCUGCCACAGACUGCACUAAGAGCUUUGCACAAGGGAUUUWGUCUUCUUCUGCCUUGGUUUCCCACCAGUAAAAGGGAAAGAAGACACCUUCUUGCUUGAUUCAUCUUUUUCUGUGUUCUUCUGGGGGAGGGAGGGAAUGUUUAGAAGCCCAUUCAUUUUACCUUUUCUGCAUUUCUUUUAAUCUASUUGUYGUUUUAAUACUGACUUCAAGUGAGWGAGACKGGGGCCAUGAAUGU